AUGUGGAAACGGCAGCAGGUCGAAGAAAGACUGUUGGAAACGUCGCAGCUUUUUGGAAGAACGGAAAACCUGCGACAGAAAAUAGAUCCUGUUUUCACCCAUCACAGACCAGUUUCCCCUGCAGAUGUUCAGCAGAUCGUGGUGGUUAAAGAAGAAGCUCCUCAAAAAUGGAGACCUGAUGUGGACCAGCAGGACCCUGAGCCCCACAUGAAGGAGGAAGAGGAGGAACUGUGGACCAGUGAGGAGGGAGAGCACCUUAACGAGGAGGAGACUGACGCCACCAUGUUUUCAUUCACUUCAGUUCAUUUAAGGAGUGACGAUGAGGAUGAGAAACCUCUGCUCUUACAGCUUCAUCAAACUGAAGAUGGAGGUCCUCCUAGCAGCAGCUCAGCUGACCUGAUGAAAGAAGAAUCUGGUGGAGAGGAGUGUGGAGGGGCAGGAAGUAUCUUGAACUCAAAUCUAAAGACUCAUGAAGACAAUUCCAGCUCUUCAGACACUGAAGUCAGUGAGGAUGAUGAAGAGGAAGAGGAUGUGAACGAUCCUGAUGCCCGGAAAAUCCGAACAAGUCCAAAAUUAUUCGGUUGUGAUAAUUGUGGUAAAAGAUUUAGCCGAAAGAACACUUUAAACAUCCACCUGAGAGUCCAUACAGGACAGAAACCUUUUAGCUGUGAUGUUUGUGGACAGAUAUUUAGCCAUAAAACAACUUUAGUCACACACAUGAGAGUCCACACCGGCCAGAAGCCCUUUGAUUGUGACGUUUGUGGACAGAAAUUCAGCCAACAGGCACAUUUAAUCACACACAUGAGAAUCCACACCGGAGACAAACCAUUCGACUGUGAUGUCUGUGGGCAAAAAUUUAGCCACAAGACAACGUUGGUUGUCCACACGAGAAUCCACACUGGAGAUAAUCCGUUUGUUUGUGACGUUUGCGGACAAAGAUUUAGACGCAAGAACACUUUGAACAGACACCUGAGAGUCCACACAGGACAGAAGCCGUUCAGCUGUGACGUGUGUGGACAACGAUUUAAACAUAAAAACACUUUAGUGGGACACAUGAGAGUUCACACUGGGCAGAAACCAUUCGGUUGUGAGGUGUGCAGUCAAAAAUUUGUCCAAAGAUCCCAUUUAACUGCGCACACGAGAGUGCACACGGGACAGAGACCGUUUGGUUGUGACGCGUGUGGACAGAGAUUCAGCCGAAAGCCACAUUUGACCGCGCACAUGAGAAUCCACACAGGAGACAAACCGUUUGGUUGUGAGGUGUGCGAACGAAGGUUCAGCCAAAAGGUGAAUUUAAACACGCACAUGAGACUCCACUCGAAAGAGAAACCAUUUGUUUGUGACGUAUGA